GUUACCUGAUACACUGAACCUGAAAGGAAUCUGUAAUGUCAACAGACAAAGAGGAAUAUUAUGAUGUAUGGUAGCAUAUCAGCAAAGAGAGAACCAGAUAAUUUGGUAAAGAAAUUUAAAUAUCUUCAUAGUCUGUCCAACUUCAGAGAAGCUUUUCAGAAUGGCUGGUGUACUGACGGUGGUAGCAGAAGAGAUGGGGAGAGCCUUUGAAAUGGUGUGGAGUGGAGUAGGAGUGGCCAUUCGCCUUAACAACAAGUUAAUGACCACAGUGUUCAGGGCUGCAACACGAAUUGUACAAGUACUCUUGCUACUUGUGAACAAAGCUGCAGAUCUGCUCUCUCUCCUGAUGACAGACCUACUCUUAUUCCUGAGUGACAUUGGGAAUGCAGUCCUCACUAUGGGUGUAGCAGUACACACAGGGGCCUUGACAGUGGUUAACUUUGUCUAUGGUACCUUCAUGUGCAUUGUAUCUGCAGUGAUGUACUCCUGUCAUCUUGUCCACACACUCUACUGUUCUAUUCUGUCAUGGAUAGUGCUUGCCUUUGGACAGCUAGGCAAUGCUCUCAACAUUGUUAAGCACGUUUUUGUCCUGUUUGGCUCAUCUGUCAUAUUCCUCAUUGGCCUCAUACCAAACUUGAUUUAUUUGACAUUCACAGGGUUGAUCCACCUGUGUUCUUGUGCUUAUCUUGCGUGUAGCCAGAAAGUUUAUAAUGCUUGGCUAACAGCAUGCUAUAUAGGGGAUACUUGCAUAUCUAGCAUAGUGAAUUUUCUAUGUGACAUUCCUGUAGAAGCAGUUAUUGGUGCAGCAGUAGGAUCUGCAGUCUUAGUUGGACUCAAAUAUGUCCUAGUUUAUAUGAUGGAUAAUUUGAUUCUGAUCCCUGACAUGCCUCUACCUUCACUUCUCAUCAUAAUGAGGCAACGAUUCCUCAGAUGGUACACAGCAAUAGUACAAAGAGCUCACCAAGUACCGCCAAUGGAGGAUGACACAGAGGAGGAGGAACUAGAUGAUGCCAGUGAUGAAAAUGGCAAUGAUAAUAAUGAUAAUGUACCUGACCUGAAUCUACCUCAGAAUCAGAUGUUCAUAAAUCAGAUGCAGAUUCCAAAUCCACAACUGGAUGUAGCAAACAGAGCAGGUGGAUCACACAAUCCACCUCCAGUGGCAGCACCAAUCAUUCCAGAUGGACUGGCUAGAAGGCCACUCACAAGGCAGCGAUAUCGUCUCCAGCAGGAGGAGGAAGAGGAGGAGGAGCAGGAGGAAGUAGCUCCCUUACCAGAAGUUGCACAAGCUGAAAUCAAGAGGGGUGGGAGAGAGGCAGUGGCAAAUGAAAAUGGUCAGGCCUACCAGCUCUAUAGGGAACUAGAGCAAGAACGUGAAGGUCGUCUGUGUAUAGUGUGCCAAGAUCAACCAAAAUGUGUGAUUCUGCUUCCUUGCCGCCACCUGUGUCUGUGCGAUGCUUGCCGUUCAGCUAUUAUCACAAGAGACAAUAUCUGCCCUGUAUGUCGUAGGCCAAUUAUGCAAACGCUUAGGGUUUAUGUCUGACAAUAAGAAUGUAUUUUUAUUUUAUUAUUUGGAUUUGAUGAAAAAAAUAGAAAAAUAAAGAAGAAUGAAAGAACUCACAAUGUAGUGAAGAUAUUUUUAUUACAAACUUGAAUACACAUGGCACUGAUUUCUUGAAAGCACUAAUCAGGUGUGCUUUGAGUAUUGAAACACCUAAGCAAGUACAGCAAAAUGUGCAUUGCAAAAUGUGUUGAACCAGACAUUGCAAGUUUUAUAACCAUUAAAGUCAAGGGGCUGUACAGGCAGUCAAAACUCUUAUUAGAAAAAAUUCAUGGCCUCCCAAAUAAUGUGGCCCUAGGUUAGAGGGAGUUUUAACGCUUCUUUCACAGUGUGACUUGUCUGUGACUGUCCAUAUGUUUAGGGUGCCAUGUUAUGCAGCAGUGUUGUUUCUUCUCCUUUUGGAAGAACUUGUUUGUGACAUGUAUUUUUGUGUAUGAUUUUGUACCUGGUGAUAUAAAAGUAUUUUUUCUUUUUUUCUUUGGAGAAAUUAAUGUAAUUCAUGCAUGUGUAUUUUAGAUUUUUAUUAUAAUGCAGAUGUUAUAUUUCACUUUGAAAAUUGUCUUUCUUGUUAUAGUUAUAUCCCCAGUUCAGUAUUUGAAGUCCUAAAGAAGUAUAUCAGAAUAAUUCAGCUACAUUAAGUUACAGAUUGUAGAUGGAGGAUAAAUAUCUUACAUUGUCAAUUUUUUAUACAGCUCUAGAAAGUCCAAAUCCAGGAAGAUGUUCAAAAUUUAUUUCUAGAAUGCAUACUAAAUAUGGAAAGCAUGCAAUUUUUUGUGUUCUUUUUUCAUAACUGAACAAAAUAACUGAUGGCACCAUAAAUUUGUGCCAAAAGCUUCCCACCGAUCUCGUCACCAAGAUAAUUAGAUUUUAACUGCUCUGAAAGUCACAAAUGGAGAUCAUCAGGUGAAUUUGUUUUUUAUUAGUUUUCUAAAGCUGUCUUUGAAAAUUUAUUUAUAGCAUUUAGACUAUUCCUGUAUUCCUAUUCUGAGUGUUUGUAGUGCUCUAUUUUUCAAACUUAUUUUAUUUUUUCCCUGGCUUUGAGAAGAAUGAAGAAUUGUACAUUAUGAUUUUCAAUUUUUUUCCAACAUACACAAAAAAUGAUUAGAACAUGUUUUUUGCAAUGAACACUUAGUAUAGAUUACAGAAAAAGAGGGAAAAAUUUGUAUACCAGGUAUCAAUUUUUUUUUUUUUUUUUUUUUUUUUUUAUGUAUUGUUGCUUCACUGUGUAUUACAGAAUACCAUUUAUAGUCCUUGUACCUGACUCCUUUUUUCCAGUUGUUUGUAUAAGUAUCUUUUUCUUUCCAAAGCUUUAUUUAACUUUGAUUAUUUCUGUCAGGAAACUGUGCAAUUAGGUUACACAUUGUGAUAAAAAACAUAAGAAGCAUUAUUAUUUUUAUCUUUAAGGUAUAUUCUGGCAUUUUUUUUUUUUUUUUAACUGUCAUUACAAAUUAUAUUACAUUUUUAGAAACCUUGUGAAGGAAUUUGUGGCUCUUUUUUUUAAUCAGCUACUGGGCUUAUUGUUUUCUAUUUAUAUAUUUUUUUUAGCUUUAUAUAGUUACAUCUUCCAUAGCCCUACUCUUAAAAUUAAGCAAGUAAUUAGUAAUGUAAUUUGGCCAUUUUUUAUAUUUUCAAGCAUCAGCUAUUGAUAAAUGUCAAGGCAUUCUCUCUCUCUCUCUCUCUAUCUCUCUUUUGUUUUACCUAGAAAAUCCUUUUAGUCAACAUUGCUUACAUGUGAUGGAUUCCAGACCUGCAACCAUUCCUUUCACUUGCAAACCAAACAUGUUCCUCUUGUAACAAGAAGUUCAAGGUACCGACUUUAUAGUAUUUUUAGCCGAUGGCGAUUUUACACACCUUAAGUGAUGGUGUGCAUUUUGUCCCAUCCCUGUCGUAAGUUCGUGUCAGUGUUACGGCCUUGAUUGCUCUUCAGAAUUUUUGUAUUAAUGUUAUCGUUAUUAUUAAUGUUAUUAUUUUCAUGAUAUAGCUUAGCCAAUAUUUUAUUUUUUUAACCUGUUUCUUUAUGCACUGCAGUGGCAUGUUUGCUGUCUUUGAAAUUCUAGUACGUUUCUGAAGAUAGGUAGCAUAAUUUGUUAAUUUUUUCUGAUUUCAAGAUGUAUGUUAAUAUUUUGAUUUUCAGUUGUCAUCAGUAUUAUGUUUAUUAUUAUUGCUGGAAUUCUGAGGAAAUUUGGAAGAUUAAUUCUCAUAGUUUGUGACUACAGUUAUUUUUUACACUUAUAUCAUGAUACUUUUAUUAUUGUUUCUUUCGUAAUCAGACAAUUUUCAUGAUUCCGUGAUAUGUGUACUUAAGAUUUUUUUGCAUUUCAAUUUGUCUUUCACGGUUUACAGUAAUGGCCAAAGCCAUGCAACAUAGUCUAAGUGCAAGAAACCAAUCACCUUUAAAUGAAAAGGAAUUUAUGUUAUUGUAAUAUUCUGUAGUAUCUUUUUUCACUUUACAUUGAUAUGUAUUUCAAAAUGUUUGAGUUUAUCCCCUUUAUACAGAAGGAUUUAAGAAUGUGUUGCAACAGACAAAUGCUUUGAUUGAAAUGGUAUAUUCAGUUAAUUAUGGAUUGAUACAUUAUGAUUAGCUGCAUGGUAUUGUUUUUUUUUUUUUUUUUUUUUUUUUUUAUUUUUUAUUUUUUUUUUU